CAUUUCGGUCAACAUUUCACUCCCUAAAAAAAGUAAAAAGUUCACGGGACGGUCAGUUCAUGUCGUUUUUGGGUUCAAAGAUCAUUUCGUAGAGACAUACAGAUGGCACGAAAGCUGUAGCUGUUUUCUGCCCUAUGGUUGCAAAAAUGCCCGGUUCACGGAUGAACAAACGUCUCUUCUUGAUUCUGCUCGUCUUUAUUAUCUUCUGUUGCUUCGGCUGGAUGCAUCUCCUGUUCAUCUUGUCAUCUUACGAUUUGGAGCGGAGGCAUGUGCCGCUGACCCAGCUGGUGUCCUUCUCAUCUAAAGUGGAACACGAUCAUGAUUGGUACCACCGAGUGUGCUUCAAUGGGAUCCAGAGUGAGCUUUCAAUAUCGUCGUUGGAUGACUUCAUUGAGAAAUGGAAAGAGACUUACUCACACGCUGAUUGCAGCAAUAUGUACACCACCUUCUCGAGCAUUUACAGUGUUAACCGACGCUCCGGUCAGCUGAUCAUACCAGAGACCUUCCAGACCAAGUUUCUGAAAUGGUUGGGUAACGACGAGGAAUUACUCAAAGAAGCCAGGCUACAGUUCAUAACGUCCAUUUACAACAAGUACACUCAUGAACAGACGCUUUUCAACCCGCUGCGGGGUAAGCGUCCCGGAAUCAGUGACCUCGAGGACGUCGACGAAUUCAUGGACGAGCUCUUAAAGAAGUCGGAGAAGAAUUGUGACUUAUGUGACUAUAAAUAUAAAACCGCAGAAGAUACAUUUGGUCGAAUUGAGUCGGAGCACUGUGCGACAGCAGCCAAUGCUUUCAAGGUUGAAGGAUUCCACUCUCUGGUAAUCCCUAAGAUACAUGACGUCCGAAUGCUCACUGAGGAGAUCUUCUUGGAUAUAAUGCAUGUUUCCAUGAAAUGGUACAUGAAGGUAUAUGAAACAGAUAAACAGUGGCGAUAUCCACACAUGGUAUGGGAUUCUCUGCCGCAAGCCAGUGCCAGCCAAGUUCACCCACACGCUCAUUUAUUACUCAAUCCUGUCAGGCACUAUGGUAAGGUUGAACACUUGAGGUUAGCUGCAAUAACGUAUGGACGAGAAAAUGAAGGGAAAAAUUAUUUUACUGAUCUUUUAAAGGUCCACAAUGCAUUGGGUCUGUCGGUUACCCUCGGCAAUGCAACAGCCAUGGCGUACCUUAAUCCAACAAAGGAAAAUGACGUCAUGAUCCUAAGCAAAACACCUUGCGAGGAUUUCUUUAGAUUAGUGUAUUUUACAAUUCAAACUUUUAAUAAUCUGAAGAUGUAUGCAUGGAGUCUUGCCAUCUUCUUCCCAAAACUGGAGCCAUGGAGCACACCGGGCUAUGACGAUAUUCCAGUCAUUGCUAGAUUCAUUACAGCGGGACCUCCUUCAAGCAACAGGUCACCUGCGGGAGCUUUUGAAUUUUUUACAGUAAACAAUGUGAACCAAGAUCCCUUUGUGGUUGUCAAAAAAAUUAAGAACACUAUAGACAUGAAGAAACACCCGCAAGACCAUCUUCAAGAUGCGCAGGCUCAGAAACAAGAAAUCCAGCAGCAGAUUUUAGAACUGCAGCAAAAGCAGCAAGACCUCGAACAGCAAGUGAAGCAACAGCAACAGAUGGGCAUCGCACCACAGCAGCAGCAGCAGCAGCAGCAGCCACCACUGCAGCAACAGCUGCCACAGCAAAACCCGCUGCAAUUUGAAAGGUUGGGGGAAGACUUUAUUGGUGUACAUGAGGAUACAGACGCUAAAAAGCAAGGGAAUUCAGAACACAAAGCUGUAGUGGAAGAAAUCGGCAAUAAAGAUUGAGAACAACUUUAGAACAGAGAUCAAAUCUUUGGAACUUUUGCAAAAGUAUCUGAAAUCCAUGUGUGAAACACAGGUUAUAUGCAUCUGUCUGUGGAGGGUAAAUACAAUGGUAUGGAUCAUGGAAUAGUGACGCCAGUACAAUUAGCUACAAUUUCAGUCGUAUCUCAUCGGGCCCCGGCCCUCCUUAUGUUGGCUCUUUUUACAUGGUCUGCACUCUAAGCGAGGGCCAACAAAAUUGAGCGAGGGGUAGAUGUAGUUGGAAGUUUAUUGUCAGGGAUUCCAAUCAUAUUGGCUGAGAUUGUCUGAAAGUUUAAGUUGCUUCUUCUUGUCGAAUUGUAGAUUUUUUCUGCGUAUUGGUUUAAUAUUUUCUGAAAUGUUGAAGUUUUUAAUAUUGUAAAUAUUGUCAGGGUCUCUAUGAGUUUUUUUUUAAAUAAACCAACAUGCCCCAGUGUAUAUUCCACAAAUAGUCAGAUGGAAUAGAUACUCUGUAUAAAGGGUGUUGUCUCCUCACUCUACUAAAGCAUAGGGUGCGUUUGAUUAGCUUCCCUGUGUUGACCCCGCGAUGAUGCUCACUCGGGUGAGCCCCUGACAAGAGCUAA